AUGGACUUUUACUCGCUAAAUCUCGCCGUCUUCGUGGCAGGCAACGGCUACCUGCUGUACCGGCAGUAUCAGCGCCAGCAAGACGAGGUCGUCGAGGAGCUCAAGCAGGAGGCUUCUGAUGCGGACUACGGCUCUGAUGGGGAGGCCGAGCACCAAGGCUCGCUCCUGGGAACCGACACCAAGGCUGCUGCCCGCCAGUUCCAGCUCGACUAUUUCCCCGUUUACGCCCUUGCGAUGGCGGCGGAUUGGCUACAGGGCCCUCACAUCUAUGCCAUUUACAAGUACGAGAAGAACAUACCCGAGAAGGUCGUUGCUGCGCUCUAUGCCGCUGGAUUUGUUUCUGGUGCCAUCUCCGCCUCCUUUGCCGGCGAGCUCGCUGAUCGAUACGGGCGUCGUCUCGCUUGCCUUACGUACUGCGUCACCUACAUCCUGACGUGCCUGACCAUGCUUUCCGAUAACCUCUUCAUUCUUUUUGUCGGUCGUUUUGCCGGCGGCAUCUCGACCACUCUCCUUUACAGCGUCUUCGAGGCAUGGUUGAUUACCGAGUACCACCAACGCGGCCUGUCCCAAAGCAAGCUCAAGCUGGGCGCCAUCUUCGGAAACAUGACCACCAUCAGCUCCAUUGUUGCGAUCCUGUCCGGCAUUAUUGGCGACAUCCUGGUCAACUUUCUCGGCGGUCGCGUCUGGCCGUUCAUGGCUAGCGCUGCGUGCUCUGGAGUGGCCAUCAUGCUCAUUCUCAAGUCAUGGAAGGAGAAUUACGGAGGCCUGCAGAAUAGCCAGUCAAGUUCUCUGGCCGAUGUCAAGAGUGGAAUUCAGUCAAUCUUGGCCAAUGCACGCGUCGUGGCCUUGGGUCUUACAUUGACCUUCUUCGAGGGUUCGAUGUACCUCUUCGUUUUCUUCUGGUCCGCAGCGCUGAAGAGCGCCAGAACCAAGGCUGGUUCAACGGAAGAACUGCCCUUCGGUCUCAUCUUUUCGAGUUUCAUGUGCUCCAUGAUGGCCGGGUCUGCGUUCUUCUCCCUCUACACCAAGACGCACACGAAGGAGACAACAUCCCUUAUCCUGAUGAUUGCGGUCCUCACCGUCAGCGGUUGCUUGUCAGGAGCCAUCUUGCUGGAACAGGAGCAGUUGCUGUUCUGGGCUCUCUGCAUGAUCGAGGCAUGCAUUGGAGCCUACUUCCCAAGCAUGUCGUUCUUGAAGAGCGAAGUUGUGGAGGACAGUACUCGCGGGCGUGUGUACAGUCUUCUGAGACUACCUCUCAACGUGUUUGUCGUCGUGGCGCACAGUCUUGACGAAGAGGGCGACGGUCAUCGCAACAUGGUCUUCAUCACCUGCGCGGCGUUGCUGUUGGCAUCCUUCUUUAUCAUCAAGAGGAGCUUCCUUGCCUAA